UAUAUCCGCUGUGUAUACUAUAGACAGAUCACACUGAAGCCUGCAGCUGCAUACAGUGUGGUUCAAUGCAUAAGGAGGCACAAUGACAUCCAACAAAAACUUUAAAGCACCUUUAAAACAGCUGAGCAGCCUGGACAGCUACAUAAUCGAAAACUCUCAAAAGAAGAAAAACAUACUGUGGCGACGGUGUUCAUUUAAUAGUACCAAAAAUUCGAAUACUGAGGAGAUCAGAGAUGGGACAUUAUCACGCAGAAAGCUGCACAGAACAUACUCUGCAUCUCUAGUGGAUUACACUGAUCCUCAGAGAACCAUGGUUAUAUUGGAGAAACAAGACAAUGAAGCCUUUGGAUUUGAAGUUCAGACGUAUGGUCUCAAGGUGAAGAACAGCAGUAUUGUGGAGAUGUGUACAUUUGUUUGCAGUGUGCAGGAUGGCAGUGCAGCCGAAACUGCAGGUUUGACUGCUGGUGACAUUAUAUUGUCAGUAAAUGGAGUCAGUAUUGAGGGGUCUACCCACCAGCACAUUAUUGAGUUGAUUCGAGAAUCCACUAACAUGCUGAAGCUGGAGACGGUCAGUGGGAAUGUUGUGAAAAGAAUUGAAUUAGAGAAAAAGAUGCGCUAUCUUAAGCAAACUCUUCGUGAGAAAUGGGUGGAACUGCAAUCUCUAACACUUCAGGAAAAGCGUCUUACUCGAGGUAAUCUGAAUGAGAGUGCUCAACAUUUGUCUGUUGACUCCCUGCUGUCUCUCUCAUCUCCAACUGGCCGCUCUGGGCAUCGUUUUUCCAGUGACAGCAGUUGCCGCAGCAUAAUGACAGAUGACAGUGAGGAUGCAGCCUUCAUGUCGUCAGUAUUUGAUGUCUCAAGUCCAAUUAGCCCAACUGAGCCAAAUGAAGGCUUCUUCCGGCUGGAAGGGGGGGCAUUGCGACCCUUGACAAGAACACGCAGCAUUAGCCUGACCAGCAGUAACAGUUCACUCUCUCCGAGCUGGGAAAAUUCAUCUUCAUCCAUGUUUGGGACACUGCCAAGGAGAGGCAGAAAAAGUAGCGUCCGCAAGCACAUUCUAAAGUUCAUACCGGGACUGAAUCACUCCGUAGAGGAAGAAGAGGGUAGCUAAAACAUAAUUUCUACCACAACUGACUGUUGAUCUGAUGAAUCCUUUGUAAGGACCUUCAGCGGUGGGAGAUUCAUACUAGUUUGAACUCUUCUGUUCUCAUAACAUUCUAGAAUUCAUGCCAUACAAGAAAUCUAAAAUUUCAUGACUUUCUUGCUUAAAGUGUUCAUGAAAAGAAGGGUUAAAUCUCACAUGAGCAUUAUGGACUGCAUGGCAGCAAUCUUUGUAUUAUUUUCUGCCUUUUUCUUUUUUUUUUUUUUUUGUCAAGGGACCAAAGCAUUAUGACUUCCCCCAAGAAAUAAACAACUGGCAUUAACCAAGCCUUGGAAAGUGUAUGCCAGAAAGCAAAUGCAUUGAGAGAAUUGUGCACAUUGUGUUUUAGAUUUCAGUCCUGCAAGCUCAUGAAUGUGUACUAGUUCCCACUUGAUCUUGUAACUAAUCAAGAACUUAUAGUCUCAUAUCUAAUAUGUGUAUCUCAAACAUAUAUAUCUCAUAUCUGUUGUAGCAUGCAAAUGUGUGGUUUAAGAUAUACUUAAGGGUGGGAGGAAGCCCCAACUCUGCAAAGGCUUGUUGCUUCUUAAUAUAAUUUUAUAAUACACUCCAAAAUGUCUUAGACCUAACACAAUUCAAGCGUUCUUUACAUUUGCAGUCUUCAAAAGCCAAUUUUCUAAUAUGGAUUUACUACAGUGUUGAUGAAGCAAGAAUCUGAAAAUAGAAAAUAGGCUACAUGAAUAUUAACAUAUGUGGUUUACUACUGCCUAUGGAUUUCAAUGAAUACUCUGAACCCAUUAGUUUAAAAUAGGACAGUGCAUUGCAAGAUAAUUGAAAAUAAAUACGAGAUUUGUUACCACAACAUCAACAUAUAAAUGAAUGUUAUGUAUAUCAGGAAGUCCUUGAGAAUAUAUUCCUUCAAAAUAUGUUUGUAGCUUAAAUGUCUACAAAAUGACAAGUAACCAUUAUGAUUCAUUAUGCCUGCAUGCUUACUCUGCCUAGUAACCAGAUUUUACAGCUACUGUAGGUUUAGUGUUAAGUUUAAAGUGUCUUGCAUUCAUCUUGCAAAGUUAAUGCAAUCUUAUCGAUAUCAGUCAAGUAUUUUUAGGUAGUUAAUAUUAAGGUUUGACAGCGUUGUUUCAGGACCAACAGAAAUUUUCAAAGUCCAUCAAUUUUUCACCAAAAACAGAGACAGUGAAAUUAGACGUCAAUUGAAUAAUGCACAACAUUAUUUUGCUGCACAUCAAAAUAUCAUAAUUAGAACAAUUAAUUAAAUAACAUAUUUAAGACAAUUUAUAGUCAAUGCUCUCAUAGAGUAUAUAUUUGUAUUUAUUUAUACUCUUUCAGAAUUUCAUCCUUAUCUCAGAUUAGAUUAGAUAAAAAUUUUAAAUCAUCAACUGCAUGAAAAAAGACUGCUCUGUAGUGAGUGUGUAACAUUACGUGCUGACUUGAAAAGACUGUGAUGGCAUGAGAGACUGAGCUCCAAACCACAGCAGGUAUAGAGAAAUGAAUAACAGGAUGUGGUCUGAUGAAGGUGCUACCAUACCACCCUUUUUUACUUUCGUUCUUAAGUGAUCCCUGUAACAGAAAAUUGUAUUUAA